GACCCCAAAGCCGACGAAGAGGCUAUGGCGCUUUUGUUUGGAGGGAAGAAGCUGGACGCACAGGCGUUGUUGGCGCAGAAGGAGGCGGAGGCCGCCAGCCCCAUCGCGCGGUCGCAGAGCAUUAACAACCCGUACAAGCUGCAGACCGGCGGGGGCGGCUCGUCGGGCGGUGGGGUCGCGGACGCGCUCAGCCGAGCCCAGCAGUACCGCAGCGGCCGCAAGACGAAGCUGCUGCAGAACUCCGACGACCAGUUCAACUCGGCCGACGUCGAGGGCCUCGUCGCCACGAGCGGCAGGGAGCAGUCCAUCAUGGACAAGGAGACGGGCCGGCUUCAGGCCGAGGCCUCGAAUGCGGAGGACAAGGUGCGCCAGAACGCUGCGAACCGGGCCGAUCUGGACGAGGCAAAGAAAGAAUUCCCGGAUCUGCUCGCCAUGACUGAGGUUGAGCGGGCUGACGUCGUAGACAGGCUCACUCGCAAAGCGUUCGCGCUGAUGGAG